AUGUCAAUUGAUUUUAUUUAUACUACAUUGUAUACUUUACCAACAGCUGGUAAAGCUGUGAAAAAACCUGCAGCAGCAGCAGCAGCAACAACAACAACACCUGCACCACCAGCAAAAGCUCCUGCGAAAUCUCCUCAAAAAGCACCAGCAGCUAAAUCUCCUUCUAAAGUUGCUAAGAAAAAGAAGAAACCUGGAAAAAAAAGUGGUAAACCUAAAACAGGUUCUUGGACAGUGCCAAAUGCUGAUCAAAAGAAAUUAUUUAAUGAUUAUAAAGCUAUUUUACGUACAAAACUUCUUGCUCGAAAACAUAAUAUAUCUGCAACAUAUCAAUUAGAACCAGCUAAACAUGGUUCCCAAGAGCUUGAUAAAACAACUUUACAUCAUUAUUUAAUCAAAUUACCCGAUUCGAAAUAUGCUCAUGCUAUUAUUGGUAUAAAUAAAGAUUCAAAAAAACCUGCACCAAUUGAUGAAAAUAAUGCUUCGAUUCGUCGUACAAUUUAUGAUAAUCUCGCAGCAGCUGAAAUCUGA